AUGGAAAGAAUUCUGAAUGUCUGUGGGGUUGAUCAAAUGACACUGACCGGAAUAUUCCGCACAUUCAUCGAUGGCCUUGAAAAUUACACGUUGGAUAGCCGUGGAGAUAUUGGAGCUUUCGUUCGUGAAUCGGUAUUGACCAACACCUCGCAACCAGACCUACUUGAAGCUGACCUGAUCCGCUCCGUAUUGCAUGCGGUGGCUAAACAAUCGACGGAACGUCGUAACCGGAUGUUGGCCCCCAACUUCUUUUCUUCUCUCGUCUACUGUGAUCCCACCAUUCCUCACAUUGAGCAGUUGGAAGAAUUGCGUUCCAUCAUUCCACCGCCUCCGCUGGACAUUUCGACCGAGAAGGAAUGUUUCGAUUUGUGGAUGAAGGUGAUGCGGCUCGACACUUACCGCAAAGCCGUCAUCACCGGACUUGUUUCCAGCAUCGGCAGUCUCACGGAGAGUUUGGUUAAAAGUUCCAGCGCUCCAUUCAUGAGUUACCUCCGCCAGUUGGUGGCCGAGAACAAAUUGGAUGAACUGAAUUUGGUCACCCGGGAUAUUCUAAACGUGUUUCAAGAGAAUUUGAAUAGUGUCCGACUGAUGCCGUACAUUUUCAACUUCCUGGACCAUCUCUUGUCGUCCGGAUGUUUGGAUUCCGUUUUCAAAUCCAUGUCACGGUCGCUGUUGACCUUGAUUCGUACUGAAAUGACUAAUGGCGUUGUUGAUAUCGUCGGUGGAUUUGUACUGUCACCUACUCAGAGGUGAUCAAGUGACGUUCGCUAAAUCAAUCAUUCACCUGUUAAAUCUGCUAGUGAAUCGGUUCCCUCGCGUUCGUAAAAUCACGGCCACCAAGUUGUACGAGACCCUGCUGACUGACAGAUAUUAGCCCGUCGUUGGCCAAUCACCAAGACGACAUCUUGGCCAUUCCCAGCGACACUGACUGGGACGAAGACGUCGAAGCUUUGAAGCCCGUCAAGACUCAGCUUCGCUCACUUUUAAUUUCACCGACUUUGAAUCCUUGAAAUUCUUAGCCUUUCAUUCAAAUUAUUUGCUUAUUUAAAAUUAAAUAACCACCCGAAAUUGUGUCAUUAAUUUAUGGGAAAUACAAUUUCGAUUGUUUGGCUGCACUAAAGCCGCCUUUUUUGGCGAAUCGCAAGUCUUGCCGAGCGGGGCUUACUGA